UAAAAAAAUCGUUUCGGAUCUGAUACGAAAGCUCCCUAUUACUUACUCUUCUUCUUCUUCUUCUUCAAUCCCAACGAAAGAAUUCUCACCGAAACUCAACUCCUGUCUCGCACAUGGCUCUUCCUUCGUCCUUUCUCGUCGAACCCAUCUCGGGGAAUCCGAAACCGACCCAAGUUAUGAGUCCUGCGUUUCGUAGCGUCUCGGGUCCUAGUAUCGUUUCGGUGAUACGAGCUAGAUCGCUGAGAAAUAUUGUUAAGUGUGGUGCUACUGCCAAUUACCAGGUAGAGAAUGGUAUUGGAUCAGUUGUUGUUCCUGUUUUAUCUGCUGCUGGGGUUGCGGAAGAGCUUAAGGUAUUUCAGGAAAACAAAACUAGCAACCAGGAAUACUUGGCUAUGUAUUCGAGCAUCGUUGGUGGAAUUACUACAGAUCCUGCUGCCAUGGUCAUUCCCAUUGAUGAUCAUAUGGUUCAUAGAGGACAUGGUGUUUUCGAUACAGCUGCUAUAAUGGAUGGACAUCUCUAUGAGCUAGAUCAACAUGUGGACCGAUUCCUGCGAUCUGCAUCAAUGGCCAAAAUCCGCCUUCCAUUCGACCGUGCUACUAUAAAAUCCAUUCUAAUUCAGACAGUGGCCGCCUCAAAUUGCACUCUCGGCUCUUUGCGCUAUUGGCUCUCUGCUGGCCCUGGAGACUUUUACCUCUCCCCCGCUGGCUGUCCUCAACCCGCACUCUAUGCCAUUGUGACCCAAAUCCGAAAGCCCCCAGAGUUUAAAGGCACGAAAGUAGUAACCUCUUCGAUACCGAUAAAAUCACCUCAAUUUGCCACCAUGAAGAAUGUGAACUAUCUCCCAAAUGUGUUGUCCAAAAUGGAAGCCGAGGAGAAUGGAGCUUUUGCUGCUAUUUGGUUAGAUGAUGAAGGAUACGUUGCUGAGGGCCCUAAUAUGAAUGUGGGAUUUGUGACAAAGGAAAGGGAGUUCAUCGUACCAAGAUUUGAGAAGAUUUUAAGUGGGUGCACGAUAAAAAGAGUGUUGGCACUUGCUGAGAAGUUAGUGAAGGAAGGAAGGCUUACUGGUAUUAGUGUGAGGGAUGUGACCGUUGAUGAAGGGAAAAAUGCGGACGAGAUGAUGCUCAUUGGAAGCGGGAUUUUGGUGAAGCCAGUGUUGGAGUGGGAUGAUCAAAUCAUUGGUGAUGGAAAAGAAGGACCAGUGGCUGAAGCUUUUUUCAAUUUCAUCAUGGAUGACAUGAAAUCGGGUCCAUCUACAGUCCGAAUACCCGUUCCGUACUGAACUUAUCUCCUCCUCAGAUAUCUCCCCCUCAGAUAAACCUUUAGAGGAUGCUCAUUCUCAAAAUUCUUCUCAGGUUUCGGAGGGCUCCCCUUUUUGUAUCUCAGUAUGUUGUAUCUCAAAACUCAAAAGGUCAUGUUAUACACUUCUCUAUCUUACAACUGUUCUUACCUUUGAUGAAGAAUUCAACUUGAAUACAGUUAAA